AGUCCUCACCGUCCCCCUCCCGCUCCUCCAAAGCACCGCCUCCCCGCCGGGUCCCCCCCACCAGCCCCUCACGCUCCACCCGCGGGGACAAGGCCUCGAGAAUUCAGGGGAGUGGCUGGCCGCGGGGGGCGCGUCGCGGCUCCCGGCUCGGCUGCCCCCCCCCCCCCCCUUUGCAAGACACGGUCUGCUCCCCAUUGUAGAAGCUGCGCCCCGAAGAGGACUGAGAGAGUGGUGUUCCCGGCGUGGGGCUGCAGGCAGCUCUCCGUGCGGAAGCCCUCGCAGGAUUUCGGGGUGGGGCGGGGAGGGCCGAGGAUUUUGGGGGAGUGGGGGGUGGGCGGGGAAGAGGACCCGAGGAGGGGAAGGACUCUGUGGAGGGAGUCGCUGAGAGACUAUGGGGAAGGACCAGGAGCUGCUGGAAGCUGCUCGCACUGGAAAUGUGGCUCUGGUGGAGAAACUCCUCUCUGGCAGGAAAGGAGGGAUCCUGGGCGGUGGAUCCGGACCCCUGCCCCUGUCUAAUCUGCUAAGCAUCUGGCGAGGCCCCAAUGUGAACUGCACAGACAGUUCGGGUUACACUGCUUUACACCACGCAGCAUUAAAUGGACAUAAGGAUAUAGUUCUCAAGCUACUACAAUAUGAGGCAUCAACAAAUGUAGCAGACAACAAAGGGUAUUUCCCCAUUCACCUGGCUGCCUGGAAAGGAGAUGUGGAAAUCGUCAAGAUCCUUAUUCAUCAUGGGCCGUCGCAUUCCAGAGUCAAUGAACAGAACAAUGAAAACGAAACUGCUCUGCACUGUGCAGCCCAGUAUGGACACUCAGAAGUAGUUGCUGUUCUCCUGGAAGAGCUGACAGAUCCGACGAUCAGGAACAGCAAGCUUGAGACGCCCCUGGACCUGGCUGCCCUCUAUGGGCGGCUGAGAGUGGUCAAAAUGAUCAUCAGUGCACACCCCAACUUGAUGAGCUGCAAUACGCGAAAGCACACCCCGCUUCACCUGGCCGCUCGCAAUGGACACAAGGCUGUCGUACAGGUGCUGCUGGAGGCCGGAAUGGAUGUGAGCUGCCAAACAGAAAAAGGGAGUGCACUCCAUGAAGCAGCUUUGUUUGGAAAAGUGGACGUUGUACGAGUUUUGUUAGAAACAGGAAUUGAUGCCAACAUAAAGGAUAGUUUAGGUAGAACAGUCCUAGAUAUUUUGAAAGAACAUCCAUCUCAGAAGUCUCUCCAGAUUGCAACACUCUUACAAGAGUAUUUAGAAGGCGUGGGAAGACCGACAGUGCUUGAAGAGCAUGUACAAGAAGAUACAACCCAAGAAACACAUAUUUCACCUCCUGCUGAGUCUCCUUCCCAAAAGACCAAAAGUGAAACUGUGACUGGAGAAUUAUCCAAACUUUUGGAUGAAAUAAAACUCUGUCAAGAAAAGGAUUAUUCUUUUGAAGAUUUGUGCCACACGAUAUCAGACCACUACUUAGAUAAUUUGAGCAAGAUUUCAGAGGAAGAACUUGGGAAAAAUGGAAGCCAGAGUGUAAGAACUUCAUCUACAAUCAAUUUGUCACCAGGAGAGGUAGAAGAUGAUGAUGAUGUUGAGAACACGUGUGGGCCCUCAGGUCUUUGGGAAGCUCUGACUCCUUGUAAUGGGUGUAGGAACCUUGGCUUCCCAAUGCUGGCACAGGAGUCCUAUCCAAAGAAGAGAAAUUAUGCUAUGGAAAUUGUACCAUCUGCCUCUCUGGAUACAUUUCCUUCAGAAAAUGAGAACUUUCUAUGUGAUCUCAUGGACACAGCUGUUACAAAGAAACCAUGUUCCCUAGAAAUUGCAAGGUCAUCAUCCCCAAGACCUGAUAAUGCCUCUGAGGUAGCAAUUACUGCUCCAGGAACUAGUAACCAUAGAAACAGCUCAACAGGCCCUACUCCUGACUGCUCACCUCCAUCCCCCGACACUGCCCUCAAAAACAUUGUGAAAGUUAUUCGACCCCAGCCUAAGCAACGAACAUCCAUUGUGUCUUCUCUGGAUUUUCAUCGAAUGAACCAGAACCAGGAAUACUUUGAAAUCAGCACAUCUACAGGGUGCGCAAGCUUUACUCCGAGCCCUCCUGUCAGCCCACACACCUCUGCAGUGGAAACCACAGAAGUCAAGAAUGAGGGAAGUGACCAUGCAGAUGACCCCACUCAACAGGAGGAUAAUGACCCUCCAAAAGAAUACGACCCUGGACAAUUUGCAGGCCUUCUCCAUGGCUCCUCCCCAGCCUGUGAGUCCCCUGAGGAUCCUUUCCAUCUCUAUGGGAAAAGAGACCAGUGUGAAGCAGGACCAGAGGAAGUCAGUAUGGCGAACAGCCCUUUGCCUUUCAAGCAGACGCCAGUAACCAACAACCCAGAGCCUUUGGUUAAGAAAGUUAAACCCAAAGUGGUUAGUAGAACGAUUUUUCACAAAAGAAGCAACCCAGUAGAAAACCACACCAUAGUUGGCACAAGAACAUCCAGGAGUGGAUCCCGGAAUGGAGACCAGUGGGUUAUGAACACAGGUGGAUUUGUAGAGAGAGCCUGUACUCUGGGGAGAAUACGGUCCUUGCCCAAAUCUCUGAUUGAUAUGCAUUUAUCAAAAACUGUGUCCAAAUCGGACUCUGAUCUCAUCGCCUACCCUUCAAAGGAGAAAACAGCGCGAGUUAACUGGAGUGAAUCUUCAGUGGAACGUGGUUCUAAAGGGAAUUCUGAAAGAACACCUUCCUUCACAUCUGAAUGGGAAGAAAUUGACAAAAUAAUGAAUUCCAUAGAUGUUGGAAUCAACAGUGAACUUGAAGAAAUGAAUGGUAAGACCGCAAGACCCAGAUGCCCUGUUCAAACAGUGGGACAAUGGUUGGAAAGCAUUGGGCUACCUCAGUACGAGAACCACCUGAUGGCUAAUGGAUUUGACAAUGUGCAGUUUAUGGGAAGCAAUGUUAUGGAAGAUCAGGAUUUGUUGGAAAUCGGAAUCCUUAAUUCUGGGCACAGACAGAGAAUUCUACAGGCCAUCCAGCUCCUUCCCAAGAUGAGACCCAUUGGUCAUGAUGGCUACCACCCCACCUCUGUAGCUGAGUGGCUGGAUUCAAUUGAGCUGGGUGACUACACCAAAGCCUUCCUAAUCAAUGGCUACACAUCGAUGGACCUGUUGAAAAAGAUCUGGGAGGUCGAACUUAUAAAUGUUUUAAAAAUCAGUUUGAUUGGCCACAGGAAACGCAUUCUGGCCUCUCUGGGAGACAGGCUGCACGAAGACCCUCCACAGAAGCCCCCUCGCUCCAUCACCCUCAGGGAACCCAGUGGUAAUCACACUCCUCCUCAGUUGUCUCCAUCACUUAGCCAAAGCACUUACACCACUGGUGGCUCCCUAGACGUUCCUCACAUUAUCAUGCAGGGCGAUGCAAGGAGGAGAAGAAAUGAGAACUACUUUGAUGAUAUUCCCCGAUCAAAACUGGAGAGGCAGAUGGCCCAGUCGUCAGUCUGUGAGAUAUGGACCAAUCAGAACGCUGGAUUUCCUUUCUCAGCGAUCCAUCAGGUUCAUAAUACAGGAGACUGGGGAGAACCUUCCAUUACCUUGCGACCUCCAAACGAAGCCACAGCCUCGACUCCAGUGCAGUACUGGCAGCAUCACCCGGAGAAGCUCAUCUUCCAGUCGUGUGAUUACAAAGCUUUUUAUUUAGGUUCUAUGCUGAUCAAAGAGCUCAGGGGGACAGAAUCAACCCAAGAUGCUUGUGCCAAAAUGCGGGCUAACUGUCAGAAGUCUACAGAGCAAAUGAAGAAGGUCCCUACUAUUAUUCUUUCCGUCUCCUAUAAGGGAGUCAAGUUUAUUGAUGCAACAAAUAAGAACAUAAUUGCUGAGCAUGAAAUCCGUAACAUUUCCUGUGCUGCCCAGGACCCAGAAGACCUCUCAACAUUUGCUUACAUCACGAAAGAUCUCAAGUCCAGUCACCAUUACUGUCACGUGUUUACUGCCUUCGACGUGAAUUUAGCCUACGAGAUCAUCUUGACGCUGGGACAGGCGUUUGAAGUGGCCUACCAACUAGCCCUGCAAGCAAGGAAAGGGGGGCACUCCUCCACCCUUCCAGAAAGCUUUGAAAACAAACCCUCCAAGCCCAUCCCCAAACCCCGCGUCAGCAUUCGGAAGUCGGUGAUCGACCCGUCUGAGCAGAAGACUCUGGCCAACCUGCCGUGGAUUGUGGAGCCGGGGCAAGAAGCCAAGAGGGGAAUUAAUACCAAGUAUGAAACCACCAUUUUCUGAUACUCACCGUGCCCCAGUCCUCGCGGUGCCUUGCUCGCCAAGCUGUCCCGGAGCAGGCUUUCCUUCGCGCCUCCGUUUCCACUCUGCCCAGGAGGAAGACUGCUCUGCCAGUGUGGCCUUGUCGUGGGCGAAAGGCCACUGGCCAUUCCUGGGGAAGUUCUUUCUGCACCAGUGACGGAAAACGCAACCGAGACACGCCAGACGCCAAUCCGGAGAGGUGGGAGUUGAGAUGGGUUCCCCCGGCGCCCGGCUCCCCUCCUCGCCACCUCCCGAGGUAUUUCUUGUGACUCUUGCCCCAAAGCUUGCUUGGCUUUAUUUGGGGAUAAGACCUUAAAAAAAGUCAAGGGGAUGUCUAAUACUGCCUAAAAGAAUACAAAUCAUGGGUUUAGUGUUCACUGUCAGCAGUUUGAAAGGUAAAACCAGAACUACUCCAUAAAGCAUCUGUAAAACCAUUACAUCACAGACUAUUGUUUAAAGCAAAAGGACAUAAAAAAAAAUGACCCCUAUGAUUGCCAGGAAAUUCCAUUUCCCCAAUUUCUAUAUUUGUGGAUUUUAUAUGUAAUCAACUAUGUCAGAUACAGAGAACCUUUAAAGCUAAUGAUUGAUUCAAGAUAUAAAGAAUGAUUUAAAACAGAGGAAUUUAUUAUGCACAGAAAAAAAUGUGUCUUGUAUUAAAUAUUUUUAUUAAAAGAAUGUACCAUUAAUGCAUUGAUAAGAAACCUAGGUUAGUCGUGAGGGAUGUUUCUGGUUUCAAUUCAGAUAACUAAAUGUCCACCACUACCACCAAGAGGACAGGCUCGAGUGUGGCAAAUGCCAGCGACACCCAGAACGGGAUAUCCGGGCAGGCAGAUUGGCCUGGAACCGGAAGUACUGACGCAGCCAUUGCCUACCAAGACGGUUUUUUAAAUCUUCACCGUGUUUUAAAGAACAUGCUCAAAAACAUAAUCUAGGGCUCCUGCUGUCAAGAUUUCUUUCACAGAAACCUUGCUUGAGAAAGGUGUUAAUAGAAUUCUAUUGCAAAAAUUUUUUUUUCUAGAAAAAAAAUAAAUACAAAAAAAAAGGAAAUUCUAAAGUAAUAAAAUUUUCUUGAAACAAACAAAAAAAGAUGUUUGCUUACUAUUUGAUUAAAUAAAAUUUACUUACAUUUCUUUAAGGUAUUUUAAUUUUUUUAAUGUCUGUGGAGUAUUUGUAUGAUACCAUAAUGUAUAUUUAUGUAGAAUCAGAUUAUAUAAAUACCAAUAUCAUUAUAGAGAAAAAUAACAUUUUAAUGUAUAUUGUUCUAACCAAUCACAUUGUGAAUCAUUUGGAAAUUCAUUAUAGCGAUAUUGAGAAAUUGUGGAAUUGUCUUAAUGUUUUUUUAAUUAACCAAUGUUAUUUUAAAACCCGAAAUUAUCAGUUAUAUUCAUCAGCUGGUGAGUUUUGAAGAAAAAUGACUAAAUUUUAUUUCAAACUGACAAAUGUAUAUGCUUUUAGUUAAGUGCUGAAGGAUUUUAAUACAAUAUUAAAUUACUUGAAUGGAACAGUUCCUUGUACAUACUUUGCCUGUUCACUGUUGAUAUGUAUGCGGUAAGCAAGGAGGUGAGGAACACUGCGUCACGGUACCGAGAGGAGACUGCAGAGGAGCAGUCACUGGCACCUUGGCCGAAGCAGAGCGUAUGUGUACAUAAGCUUGGGCUUCCAGCUAUACAUUUUGUAAUUUUUGUCAUUAUUUAUAUCCUAUUAAAACAAAAAGCACACAAAAUAAAACUAAAGUUGUA